UGAUGGCUGCCGUGGCCGUGGCUGUUCGCGAGGACUCGGGAUCUGGGAUGAAGGCGGAGCUUGUUCCUCGGCCUGGGGCAGCGGGGAGGGAGAUGACCCAAGAAGAAAAGCUGCAGCUUCGGAAGGAAAAGAAACUGCGGAAGAAGAAAUGGAAGGGGGAAAAGGGGGAAGAACCAGAAACUGGCUCUGCUGUAUCUGCAGUCCAAUGUCAAGGCCCGACCAAAGACCUGCCUGGACUGGACAGUCAGUUGGGCAGUGCCAAGGAGAAAGUUCCAGCAGGUGGGAGUACGGCUGAACUUCGAGCUGAAAGGCGGGCCAAGCAGGAGGCUGAGCGGGCCCUGAAGCAGGCAAGAAAAGGGGACCAAGGAGGGCCACCGCCUCAGGCCUGCCCCAGCACAGCUGGAGAAACCCCCUCAGGAGUGAAGGGUCUACCCGAGCAGAGUCAGGUUGAUGACUCCACGCUUCUGAGGAGGCUUGUUAAAAAACCAGAACGACAGCAGGUUCCUACACGAAAGGAUUAUGGACCCAAAGUCAGUCUCUUCUCCCACCUACCCCAGUACAGCAGACAGAACUCUCUGAGCCAGUUUAUGAGCAUCCCAUCCUCUGUGACCCACCCAGCCAUGGUGCGACUCGGCCUGCAGUACUCCCGGGGCCUGGUCAGUGGCUCCCAUGCCCAGUGCAGCCUGCUUUGUGCCUUGCAGCAGGUGAUUCAGGACUACACCCCACCUCCCAGUGAAGAACUGUCAAGGGACCUAGUGAAUAAACUAAAGCCCUACUUCAGCUUCCUGACUCAGUGCCGUCCCCUGUCAGCGAGCAUGUACAACGCCAUCAAGUUCCUUAACAAGGAGAUCAUGGGUGUGAGCGGCUCCAAGCGGGAAGAGGAGGCCGAGUCAGAACUUCGAGCAGCCAUCGGACCAUAUGUGCAAGAGAAGAUUGUGCUUGCAGCUCAGGCAAUCUCAUGCUUUGCUUAUGAGAAGACCAGUAAUGGAGAUGUGAUCCUGAUAUAUGGUUGCUCAUCCCUGGUAUCACGAAUUCUUCAGGAGGCUUGGGCUAAGGGUGGGCGGUUUCAGAUGGUAGUGGUGGACAGCCGGCCACGGCUGGAGGGAAAGCACACGCUACAUUCUCUGGUCCGUGCUGGGGUCCCUGCCUCCUACCUGGUGAUUCCUGCAGCUUCCUUUGUGCUCCCAGAGGUUUCUAAGGUGCUGUUGGGAGCUCAUGCACUCCUGGCCAACAGGUCUGUGAUGUCACGGGUAGGGACAGCACAGCUGGCCCUGGUGGCAUGGGCCCAUAAUAUGCCAGUGCUGGUCUGCUGUGAAACAUACAAGUUUUGUGAGCGUGUGCAGACUGAUGCCUUUGUCUCUAAUGAGCUAGAUGACCUUGACGAUCUGCUGUGUGAGCGAGGAGAACGUGUGGUCCUGGCUGACUGGCAGAACCACUCGUCCCUAUGGUUGUCGAAUCUGGUCUAUGAUAUGACCCCCCCAGAACUGGUGGAUCUGGUGAUCACGGAGCUGGGCAUGAUCCCUUGCAGUUCUGUACCUGUUGUGCUGCGAGUCAAGAGUAGUGACCAGUAAGUGGAGGGACACAGGGUCAAUAAAUGACAUACU